UUCCGCCUCGCGUACAUCACUUCCGCCGCGUGUCCUGCAGCCGCUGGUGCAGUUUGUGCGGCAGAUUAGCGGUGUUUUUCUGAAUAAUCCGCAGCUGUUCUGGUCCAGAAGACCAAAUAGCGCCAGCGUCAUGUUGCGGUUGCCGACUCUGGGCCGAGCUCUGGCCGGAGCCGCCACGAGCAGCCGGACCCCGAGCAGCUCCGUGCGGGCGUCUGUGCGGUCGGCCAGUUCUCUGGUCGAGGUGUUUGUGGACGGGAAACCUGUGGAGGUGCGCCUGGGAACCACAGUGCUGCAGGCGUGUGAAAAAGCAGGAGUCCAGAUUCCUCGGUUCUGUUACCACGAGCGUCUGUCUGUGGCCGGAAACUGCCGCAUGUGUUUGGUGGAGAUCGAGAAGGCGCCAAAGCCUGUGGCGGCCUGUGCGAUGCCGGUGAUGAAGGGAUGGAACAUUCUCACAAACUCAGAUAAAACACGUAAAGCCCGCGAGGGGGUGAUGGAGUUUCUCUUGGCCAAUCAUCCUCUGGACUGUCCCAUCUGUGACCAGGGAGGAGAGUGUGACCUGCAGGACCAGUCGAUGCAGUUUGGUUCAGACCGAAGUCGAUUCACUGAAGGGAAAAGAGCCGUCGAAGAUAAAAACAUCGGACCUCUCAUCAAAACCAUCAUGACCAGAUGUAUCCAGUGCACGCGCUGUGUCCGUUUUGCCAGUGAGAUCGCCGGCGUGGAGGACCUGGGCACCACGGGCCGCGGGAACAACCUCCAGAUCGGAACCUACGUGGAGAAAAUGUUCAUGUCUGAAUUAUCGGGAAACGUCAUCGAUGUUUGUCCUGUGGGCGCGCUCACCUCCAAACCCUACGCCUUCACCGCGCGGCCCUGGGAGACCCGGAAAACGGAGUCGAUCGACGUUCUGGACGCCGUGGGCUCAAACAUCAUCGUGAGCACCAGAGCUGGAGAGGUGAUGAGGGUCAUGCCACGACUCAACGAAGAAAUCAACGAGGAGUGGAUCUCAGACAAGACCAGGUUUGCGUACGACGGUUUGAAGAGGCAGCGUUUGACCCAGCCAAUGGUCAAGGACGAGUCUGGGCAGCUGAGUCCGACCACGUGGGAGGACGCGCUCACCAGAGUCGCAGGAGCUCUGCAGGGCGUUCAGAGUGGGCAGGUGGCCGCUGUGGUCGGGGGGAUGGUCGACGCUGAAGCUCUGGUUUCCCUCAGAGAUCUGCUCCAUCGGCUGGACUCAGAGAACCUGUGCACGGAGGAGCUGUUCCCCACGGCAGGAGCAGGGACUGACCUGCGUUCAAACUACCUCCUGAACAGCACCAUCGCCGGGAUCGAGGAGAGCGACGUCCUCCUGCUCGUGGGGACAAACCCCAGAUACGAGGCUCCACUUUUCAACGCCAGAAUUAGAAAGAGCUGGCUUCAUAACGAGCUGCAGGUGGCGCUGGUCGGACACGGUGUGGACCUGAGUUAUUCGUACGAUCAUUUGGGGGCGGAGACUGCGGUGCUGAAGGAGCUGGCCAACGGGACGCACCCGUUCUCUCAGGUCCUCUCCUCAGCGAAGCGUCCCAUGGUCGUCGUCGGCAGCUCAGCUCUGCAGAGGGAGGACGGGGCGGCCAUUUUGAGCACCGUGUCGACCAUCGCUCAGAACGCCAGAGCGAGCAGCGGCGUGGACGAAGGCUGGAAGGUGCUCAACGUACUGCACAGGGUGGCGAGUCAGGUGGCGGCUCUGGACCUGGGGUACAGACCCGGCGUAGAUCUGAUCCGUCAGAACCCUCCUCAAGUCCUGUUCCUGUUGGGAGCAGACGGAGGCUGCGUGACCAGAGCAGACCUGCCCAAGAACUGCCUCGUCAUAUACCAGGGUCACCACGGCGACGUCGGAGCUCCCAUGGCCGACAUCAUCCUCCCCGGCGCCGCGUACACGGAGAAGAACGCCACCUACGUGAACACGGAGGGGCGGAGUCAGCACACCAAGGUGGCGGUCACUCCUCCGGGGAUGGCGCGCGAGGACUGGAGAAUCAUCAGAGCCGUGUCCGAGUUGGCCGGAGUCCCUCUGCCCUACGACACUCUGGACGAGGUCAGGACCCGACUCUCCGAAGUCUCUCCGAACCUCGUCCGCUACGACGACGUGGAAGAAGCAAACUACUUCAGACAGGCCAACGAGCUCGCACAGACGGUGAAACAGGACUUGAUCUCGGCUCCUCUGGUUCCUCCUCAGGUCUCAGUCAAAGAUUUCUACAUGACAGACUCGAUCUCUCGUGCUUCCCAGACCAUGGCCAAAUGUGUGAAAGCCGUGACCGAGGGAGCAGCCGCCGUGGAAGAACCAUCCGUUUGUUAGAGACGAGUUUUAAAAUACACACUUCAUGUACUUUGAAUGCGCGAUACUCGCGGUACUGCAAUCCCACGCAGUACAAAAUCCCACACAGUACUGCAAACGCUCCUCCGCGAUCCUGUGUUCCUGGUGUGUAUAAUUUAAAUGUUGCGUAUAUUUACUGCCGGGAGCUGCUUUGUUGAAUAGACGAUUAUAAAUAUGAAUAAAAUGUUAUGUCUUUA